ACGGGGCUCUUCCCAGUGCACUUUGAGCAAGCGUCCGGCACGUUUGCGCGCACAAACUCGGUCAUUACGAUCGGCGCGCUCGGCGACUCGUUCUAUGAGUACCUCAUCAAGGUCUUCCUCUUCAGCGGCAAGAACAUGACGAGCGACGGCUUCCUUCUCGAGACGUACGAAGCCGCGAUUGACGGGAUUGAACAGCACCUCUUGUCACGCUCCGUGGAAGUCGACAAGGUCUCGGGCGAGACGACGACGUACUUUUACCUCAAAGAGCUCAGCAUUCCGGCCAUGAGUGGCAUCAACCAGCAAGACCACCUCCUUUGCUUUGUACCUGGCAUGCUCGCGCUCGGCACGGUCGGCGAGGUCGACGCUGUCAAGGUCGCUCGCCACUUGGAUUUGGCCAAGAAGCUCAUGGCGACGUGCUACGCCAUGUACGCCCGCCAGCCGACGGGCCUUGCGCCGGACCUUGUGGCGUUUCCGGGCUUUCUCGUGCGUGACGGCAAGUACAAGCUCCGGCCCGAGACGAUCGAGAGCCUCAUGUACAUGUACCGGAUCACGAAGGACGAGAAGUACCGCGAGUGGGGCUGGGAGAUCUUUCAGUCGCUCGAGAAGCACGCCAAGACCACGUACGGCUACGGCGCGGUGCUGCAUGUCGAAAGCCUCGAGCAAGUGACCGUCGAGGACAAGAUGGAGAGCUUCUUCAUG